AUGAAGCGGUUGUCAUGGGAACAGUGUGGGGAAACUGGUUUGGUCCUGCUGGGCUUCCUUACCCUGACUGUGUCUGUGGGAAACCUCUCCACCAGAGGACUACAGGAGGAGGGCGUGGCCUCUAACAGUCUGGAGGAGGAGCUGGAAGUCACCACCUACUGGUGGGGGGAGUGGGCCAAGUGGACGGCCUGCACACGUACCUGUGGAGGGGGGGUGAUGUCCCAGGAGAGACACUGCCUCAAACAGAGGAAGAAAGCAGCUGUUGGGAAGGACAACAUGACCUGUACCGGCACAGCAAAGAAAUAUCUUCUCUGCAACACCAAGGAGUGUCCUCCCAGCGGACGGAGUUUCAGAGAAGAGCAGUGUUGGUCCUUCAACUCUCAACUUUACAACGGCAGGAGCUACACCUGGAAACCUCUCUACCCCGAUGACUAUGUGCACAUCUCCAGUAACCCUUGCGACCUCCACUGCACCACGGCUGACGGUCAGAGGCAGCUGAUGGUGACAGCGCGCGACGGCACUUCCUGCAAGUACAGCAGCUACCGCGGGGUGUGCGUGGACGGUAAGUGUGAGCCAAUUGGGUGCGACGGCGUGCUCUUCUCCUCCAACACGCUGGAUAAAUGUGGAGUUUGUCAGGGAGAUGGCAGCAGCUGCAGCAGAGUUACCGGAAACUUCCGCCGCAGCACCUCCACUCUAGGUUACUCCUUCAUCACACAAAUCCCUGAAGGAUCAUGGGACAUUCAGGUCAUCGAGAGGAAGAAGUCUGCUGACGUCCUGGCCGUGACCGACCAGGCGGGGAACUUCUUCUUCAACGGGGCGUACAAGGUGGACAGCCCGCAGAACUUCCAUGCCGCCGGCACCGUCUUUAAGUACCGGCGGCCCAUGGACGUCUACGAAACUGGGAUCGAGUACAUCGUAGCCAAAGGCCCCAUCGACCAGCCCAUCAACAUCCUGGUGUGGAACCAGAACGGUCGUGUUCCUUACAUCACCUACGAGUAUACUGUCCUCCGAGACUCCCUCUCCCCGGUCCCCCCCCCGCCCGUCUACACCGGCUCUGACACCUCCGCCGGGGCCCUCUCUGUGGAGGUGGGGGGUCUGCUGUCCCCCAACGCCAGUCUUUACAACCCGGCGGCCCCCGAGGGCCAGCAGAGCCAGGUGCUGCUGGCGCCGGGUGCCCCUGGUGGUGGCGCCGCUGAUGGACAGAAGGGUCAGGAGACUAACGAGGUGUACGAGGAAACGGCGGCCAUCGACUGCGACCAGGACGGAGCGUCACCUCCCCAGUACACAGAGAAAAACAGCAGCCAUACAGGGAGCCCCGCUGUUCCCGCUCCAGCAGGUGGGACGCUGGAGGUGGGGCCCGGCUCCCAGAAUCUCAUCUGGAGGGUCCUGCAGGGGGACCGGAUUGGUCCCGAUGAGCUGCUCAUCAACAUCUCCACCAAUCAGCUGCUGACAGAGGGGGUGGGUCUGUUCUCGUCGGAUUUGGGGCCGGUGGAGUUGGACCUUGGCAGCCUGGAGCGUGGCAGGUCAUUCCCGUUCAAUGAGACACUGGAGUUCACACUGGGUCUCAAACGGAAUGAAAGUGGAGACGGAUUCUUCCAGAACAGGACGAUGGUGAUGGGUCCGAGGACCACCGGCCGCUCAAACAGAACCAGGGGGAAUCAGAGGUUGCUACAGAAGAAUCAGAAGAUGAGUGCGGCAGACAUGUACCGCUGGAAACUCUCCUCACAGGAGCCAUGUAGUAUGACCUGCUCUAUAGGAGUGUCGAAGUCUCUUGCCAUGUGUGUUCGUUAUGACGGUGUGGAGGUGGAUGACAUUUACUGUGAUGCUCUGACCAGACCUGAACCAGUGCACGACUUCUGUAUUGGGAGAGAAUGUCAGCCCAGGUGGGAGGCCAGCAGCUGGAGCGAAUGUUCCAGGACGUGUGGGGAAGGUUUCCAGUUCCGCCUGGUUCGCUGUUGGAAGAUGCUUUCUCCAGGACUGGACAGCUCCGUCUACAGCGACCUCUGCACUCUGGCUGAACUCGAGCGCCCACCGGAGCGCCGGUCCUGCAAGAGCCCCGCCUGCGGCCCCCAGUGGGAGGUGGCCGAGUGGACUGAGUGUCCAGCCAAGUGCGGCCACAGGGCCCAGGUGACCCGUGAAGUCCGCUGUUCUGACGAGACCCGACCCUGCGACCUGCUGAGCCAGCCGCCGCACAUCAAAAACUGCACGGGUCCGCCCUGCGAGCGCCACUGGACCGUGUCCGAGUGGGGACCUUGCUCGGGGUCGUGCGGCCAGGGCAGGAUGGUGCGCCACGUCUACUGUAAGACCCCCGAAGGUCGUGUGGUCCCUGAGACGCAGUGCCCCACAGAGGACAAACCCCUGGCCAUCCACCCCUGUGGGGACAGGGACUGCCCCCCACACUGGCUGAGUCAGGACUGGGAGAAGUGUAACACCACCUGUGGACGCGGGGUGAAGCGGAGAAUCGUGCUCUGUGCCGGCAUCACUGGCGGAAAGUUCCAGGUCUUUGAUGACGACGCGUGCGAUCUGAGCGAGAAGCCCGAGGAGGAGAACACGUGCUUCGAGAGGCCCUGCUUCAAAUGGUACACUACCCCCUGGUCUGAGUGCACUAAGACGUGUGGCGUUGGCGUGAGGAUGAGAGACGUGAAGUGCUACCAGGGAAGGGAGUUAGUCCGAGGUUGUGACCCGCUCACGAAACCUGUGGCCAAACAGACCUGCGCCCUGCAGCCCUGCCCGACGGAGCCCCCAGAUGAGAGCUGCCAGGACCGACCAACCACCAACUGCUCGCUGGCACUGAAGGUGAACCUGUGCAGUCACUGGUACUACAGCAAGGCCUGCUGCCACUCCUGCCGUGCACUCCGACCCUCCACCUCCGCCUCCACUUCCUAGUCCCAAACUCCAAAAACCUCCCCUUUUGCUAGCCUCAACCCCCACCCCACCCCUUUCUCCCCUCCAGGCCUCCGA